UCACCUGGUCACACUGAACCGCCAUUGUGAACUGACAAUUGACACUUUUCCGCACGAAAGUUUGCAUUUGCCAAGGAAAUUAAGAUGCUGUCGCAAUCCCUGCUGAAUGGCAUGCGUGUCCUGCGCACCGAGGCUCGCCGUAACAUUGCCCUGAUGGCCCCCGCCAUGAACAAGGCCUCCGAUCCCAUCCAGCAGCUGUUCCUGGACAAAGUGCGCGAAUACAAGCAGAAGAGCUCCGGUGGCAAGCUGGUCGAUUCCAAUCCCGAGAUCGAGCGCGAGAUGAAGAACGAGCUGGAUCGUGUGGCCAAGCAGUUCGGCAGCGACGGCAAGACCGACAUGCUCAAGUUCCCCGAGUUCUCGUUCCCCGAUGUCAAGGUUGACCCCAUCACGCAGGCCGCCUCUUAAAUAUGUUGCGUAUGACUUAGUUUAAUUGCUUUAAGUUCUGCUGCUAAUUUCCUCUUCGAACGCCCACGAAAAUCACGGGAUUAACACGUCAAAAAUCCAAUUAAUAAAAUCGGAAAACAAGCGAAACGUUUGUGAAACAA